AGUUUCGACAAUGGCGGGCACGAGCGUUCCAACCCAAAACGACGUCCUCGUUCCUGAGACGCUGCUGAAGAAGAGAAAGUCGCAAGAGAAGGCCCGCGAGGAGCGCGCUGCGGCAACAAAGGAAAAGAGAGAGAAGAACAAGAAGAAGCGGGCGGUCAUUUUCACCCGCGCGGAGAAGUAUGUGAAGGAAUACCGCGACACUGAGAGGGAGAGGAUUAGGCUCCAUCGCGAAGCCAAGAAGAAUGACAGCUUCUACGUUCCAGAAGAGCCAAAGCUGGCCUUUGUCGUCCGGAUAAAGGGCAUCAACAAGAUUGAUCCCAAGAAGCGGAAGACGCUCCAGCUGCUUCGUCUGCUCCAGAUCAACAACGGUGUCUUUGUUAGGUUAACAAAGGCUACUCUGGAGAUGCUGAAGAUUGUCGAACCUUUUGUCGCGUACGGCUAUCCGAACCAGAAGUCCGUCCGCGAACUCAUCUACAAGCGAGGAUACGGCAAGGUUGACAAGCAACGCAUUCCCCUCACGGAUAACGAAAUCAUUGAACAACAUCUCGGAAAAUACGGCAUGAUCUGCAUGGAGGACCUGAUCCACGAGAUUUACACUGUCGGUCCAAACUUCAAGCAGGCCUCCAACUUCCUGUGGCCAUUCAAACUCAACAACCCCAACGGUGGAUUCCGCGCCCGGAAGUUUAAACAUUAUGUGCAAGGCGGAGACCUGGGCAACCGGGAGGACGCAAUCAAUAGCCUGAUACGCCAGAUGUGUUAAGAAGCAAGACCGGAACGAACGGAAGUGCGGUGUUUUGGGAACCGGAAUUUCGUGCAUGGGUCACUCUGGAAUAUACCAUGGAGUCUUGCAUUUGCAGCGGAGUCCGGCGUCUAGAUCGGAAAAACCAAUGAUGCGUUCACGUGCGGGAGGGGUUUGAUUGAAGGGACCCUGAAUUGAUUGCAAGCCCUCCUACGCUCUACGCCAAUACCGCGUGACACCUACAGGUCAAGUAGACACUAUGAAUAGCGCAUAUGAACAGC